AAAAAAACAAGAAACAUCUCAUGACUUCAAGACGACAAAAAAAAAAAAAGGAACUCAUUUCUCUCUCUCUCUCUCUCUCUCUCUUUCUUGAAGAAUCGAAAGCUCCCGCACACACGCCCAACAUCGAAGAGGCUUAGCUAGGGUUUCUCUCGAUUCGCGCACCCAAAUCCUGGGCAGCUUGAGCUCGACCCCUUCUUGAAUCCGGCACCGUCUUCUUCGUCGCGGGGCUCUCUACUCGGCGAGGUCUUCAUCGGGAGAAGCCGCGGGGGGAGAUUCCAAGUCAAAGUGUGGAUAGGGCACUAGUUUGACUCGGCCUUUCGAGAGAUUUGAGGCCAGCUUGCUUUGAAGUGAAAUGAUCGCAUGACGGCACGAACAACCAACGUGGUCGCAUCGUCGUUCGCAUCUCAAAAGCAAUGGAAUCGUUCACCCAAAUUGAAUCAAUAUCAAUAGAUCUUCUUGGAGUUGCUGGAAAAAGUAAUACUAAGUGUGAGCACUUCUCAAUCCGUAAAUAUGUUUCUGGGAUGCGGCAAAAAGAAAGUAAGCUAUGUUGGCCGUUCAAAUUGGAGAAAGACACCUUAGAAGUGCCAAAAGACAUGCUUCCACCACUAGAUGUUCCGAAAUUCAGAUGGUGGAAAUGCCAAACUUGCAUUCCGGAUAUAUGCGUUGAUUCCACUCCUGCUGAAAAAGCCAUUGAUGAUUCUGGUUUUAAAUGCAAAUGCGAGAGUGCCAGAACCAAUCUGUUGAGCCAAAGUCAAACUGCAACUGUUGCCUCUGAUUUUCAGCAGAUAACGAAUGUAGGCAUUGCCAGCACAGGAAAAUCCAAUGCUACUAUUUUACCUCAAAGUAAUGGCAAUGACGUUUGUGCUCCAUUAUAUUCUAAGGAGAAAAAAGACAAAGAAGAUCAGACUUGCACUCUAAUCUCCAAAGAAGUUGGCGUCAGCCAGGGAAAGGGAACGGAUGCACAUGGCAUACAUGUCAAUGCUGAAUCAGUACUUAACCAGUCAAACGGCAAUCGGUCUCUUCAUUUGUCCAUGCUAGAUUGUGGAGUUCAUGAAGUUGUUGGCCGUGCAAGUUCUUCCGAAAUCAUUCAAUUGGGGAAACAACCAUCUAAUCCCGAUUCUGUGAAGGUGGCUAAUGGCUCUGAGUAUGGUGGGGUUGGAUUGAUUGAUGGUGUGGAUGAUGCUAUCACAGUUCAAGAGAAGAAACAUCCUUCAGAAGAGCUAGAUGAACAAGACUGCCCAUCAUCUGACAGUGGUGACCUCUCCGAGGAUUAUUUUCAUGCUAAAACCGUUGGUUUACGUCGUAGAAGAUAUCGGAAAAUACGUCUGCUAACCGACUUGUUGGGUAAGGAUGACAAUACGCAUCCAGAUCAAACCCGGAAAGUAAAUGCUCCUUGUCUUGCUACAUGCGAUGAGUCUGUGAAGAUAGGUACAGCAUCUGCGACAAAUUGUCCAAUGGCGGCCCCUGACAAUGUGAAAAAGGUUUUUAAGAAAAGGAAGAGGAGUUUGCCUUUUGAUCCGGACAGCAAGCCGAUGGAUUCUAUGACUCCUAGCCAGGAAAGCGGGAAAGAAAUUGUCUUCAAAGAUGGUGCUGGGAAUUCCAGUGCUAUUGCUGAGUCUCAAAUUGAAGACAGUGAACUUGCUAGAAUGGAUUCACAAACUGUCAGAAAGAAUCAUUGGGCUAAACACAAGGAGGAUGCAGUAAUACGUGCAACCAUUAAGAAGAAAAAGAAGAACCAUGUUACGGAAGAUUAUUUCCUCUAUAAAUCUGGACAGAUCGGGGCCAAACCAGCUGAUGUCAUGUUUUCGUUUGGACAUGAGACAUCUGCAGAUGCAGCCAGAGAAAUGAACUCUUUCCUUUUCCCUGUGUCGAAGAAUGAAAGAAGUUUGCUUUGCAAGGACAAGACAGAAAUGUCUCAAGAAAAUGGUGGCCAGGUUUCAGUGGCUCCUCCUAGCAGUAAUCCCAAUCCUUCAAGAGGUAUGUUUAUGAGGACAGACUCUGGAGUUAUGCAAGCCAGUCCUCCACCUUUUUGGUUCAUUCCCACCAGUGAUGCUUCUGUAGAAAAUAGAUCCCAUGUUUCUUCCAAAAGCUGUUUGCUUCCUCCCAAAGUUGACAAAGCAUAUGCCACUCAAUUCGGUGUGGCUUCUUCAUUCCAUUGGCUGGAAGGUGCUCGAGAAGAUUCUCUUAUGCUCAGAAAUAGGGAAGCCAGACAGAUUGAGCCAAAGCGUCCUUCUAGAUGUGGAUCAGAUGCUUUUUUGAAUAAAGGAGUCCAUGAUGUCAUUAGCAAGGGAUCCACCCAUAAGAUUCCUAAAGUUCAGACUGAGAAGCAAAACCAUGCCUUGAAUUUAGAGAACUCAUUUUGUUAUAUGAAGCCACAAAUGCAGGAUAUUUCUGGGACAAGUAACAGAGAGAAAGCCACUAAAUCUCAUGAGUUCUCUGCAACUAUGAAGCAAUAUCAUGAUGAAAAAUCUGUUAAAGCUUCUGAGCAGACAACUGUAGAUGACAUACCAAUGGAAAUUGUUGAACUCAUGGCAAAAAAUCAAUAUGAAAGGUCUUUAGAUGGUGCAGGAAAAAAUAAACUCCUGCCAAGAACAAGUAAGUCAAUAGAUUCCGGGAGUUCAAGGAUUGUGAAGGAAUGUAGAAACAGGGAGCUGAACUUAUCGCAAAAAGAAAGCAUUCCGAAGAGGCAAAUUCACUCUGGAAAUCCCCGAAGUGUUGUUGUUGGAAAAGAUUUCAGAUCGCCCAUGCAAAAGUUUGUUCAGGACUCUUCUUGCCCAAUCACAAAUUAUGCAACUGUUGGCCAUGUAGAAGGAACUCCUAAUACUGCAAGGCAUGUGAUGUUUUCCCAGGACCAAGGAAAGUCAGCUAAGGUCCGAGUAUGUGUUACGGAUCCUUCGAGGCAGGGUACUAAUUUGAACGGCACAUUGAAUGAGGAUAUUUCCAGAAACAAACCCUCUGAUACUAAUUUUGAGCAUUUACAAGCACCUAGCAGAACCCAUAUUCCACAACAAGGUGACGAACCGGUUCAUCUGUCGUCAUCCAUGAUGCCAACCCACAUGCCCUUUGUGUACACUAUCCCCCCAGAUGGGGGACUUCACUCUAAUCAUAUGGAUGUUCAAUCAUAUCGCCCCAAAACCCCACCUAAGGUGGACAUGAGCUGGAGUCAGGAUCCAAGAUUAUUUAGCUUCAGUGCUACAAACCUUGAGAAGCCGAGUAAGGACUUUCAUUUUGAUUCUUUCAGCAGAACAUGUGUGGAGAACCCGUAUGCAUCGAGACAUAAGGGAAUCGAGGUUGAAAAUGGAUAUGACUCAUUUGAUUUUCGUUCUAAUGAAACUAUACCAGCUAUGCAUUUACUCAGUCUCAUGCAUGCGGGGCCUAGUUCUGGUCAAAACAUUGAUUUGGGUGGAAAUGACAGGUUCUCGAAAUAUCCUUCCUUUCCACGUGGGUAUCAUUCGAGGGAAAUUCCUGGGCGGGCAUUGAGUCUACACAAGCCGUCCGAUUUGUUGAAAUGCUCUUCUUCAGGUUACUGUCCUACAAAUUUUCUUCCAGGAAGAUACCAUGAACAUUCUGCUGUUCCAAUCGUGAGUGCAUCUGCUUCCUUUGUUCAACCUGAUAAAUUUUUGGGGGGGGAUGAUGAAGGUAGAGUGCGUCUCCCUCUCAAGGUUCGUGAUAAAGGAAAGAGAAAAUUUUCUGAUCUAGCUGGACCGACUGGAGGCUCUACAUUCUCUAACCGUUAUCCAGGAAUGAGUGACAGAGGCAAUCUCUGUCGUAAAUCAGGGAAUUUCUUUGGCAUGCCGAAUCCUAGGAAUUUCUCACUGCAUGAAGAAAACUCUGGAAUGGCCAAAAUUGACACCCAUAAUAGAAGUGAAACCACUUGGCCUCCAAGAUGCAGUUCUAAGCCGGGAAUUUGCACGAUUAAUCGAAACCCUGCGGACUUUAGCAUGCCAGAAGCAGGAAAUAUCUACACAAUCGGACGUAAUGACCUAAAAUUUGAAAAGAAAUUCCGAUUUCCACAAAAGUCUGGCCUAGCUAAUUUGGACGGUUUGAAAGAAAAGAGUAGCAUGAGGCUUACUGGUGGAUUUAGAAUUCCCCAGCAUCAACUUGGUUGAAUCUCUCCCAAUAUUCAUAAGUUCCAACAGGUGAGCAUCUUGGUUUUCUUGCUUAGUUGCUGCAAAAAAGAGCAUCUCGGACAGGGGUUUUGGGGGCUGUAGUGUGCAGAAUGUGCAAGCUGAUUUGCAGUCGGGAAAGUUGCUGUUAGUUCUGACUCCGGAUCCAUCUCUAAGCCGGCAUCAUGAAAAUACAACCAGGUAAGGCCUGUAAACUUGCGAGAAGUUUGACCCUCUCAGAGUUCUCGGCACGAGACUUCAGAGGGUAUGCAGGAAGUAGAUGCUUCACUCUAUGAGAGUACCUCCUUGUUUUUGUUUUGUGAUUUACCCUGGCAAUGAAUUUGCUUAGGAACAAUAGCAGGGCAUCGACACAACUAUUUGGCCGAGUGGGACACACGAUAAGUUUGUGCUUUUCUUUUGUUUUUUCCUUUGUUAUCUCUCAUUUCAGCAGUUGUAAUAAGGGUUUGGCACGGUGAAAGGGAGGACCUGGAAAUGUGGUUCGGUUGAAAUAAAGCGGAAAGAAAGCAAAAGGAAAAGCAAACUGAAAACAAUACAUUUUGGAUAUGGAAUUCAUCUGAAUUGCUCGUUGUACAAGAAAAACUUAAGCGAUGUGCUUACCAUCUUAAGAUCAACUCUGGACGGACGAUUAGCUAUACUAUUUUUCAGGCUCUAUACUCCAUUCCACUUGGAUAUGCAAUACUUGUACGUUCUCUAUAGUGUCCUAUUUCCAGUUUAAGCAUCGUUCUUCUGAUGCGGAUAUACACUGACGGCGAGCACGUCUAGGCUGCACAUAAUUGGUUGGUUGGCUUGCUUUCUCCAUGUAGAGUGGUGAUGGUUGAAGUUAAAGCAUAAACAAUAUUUAGAUUUCAAGACAAUAAGUCUCCAACUUUUUUUCUCAGUUGAUGAAAUUGGCUAAGGGGGAU